UGAAUUUAUGUUAUGGGCUGAUGUUCAGCCAGGAUGGCAGGAACUUUUAAGGAUUGCGCAACGAAAAUUAAGAAACCACCGGAACCAACAUGUCCUCUAUCAUCAGACCCGAAAGUAACCAAGGAUCAAAUAAUAUGCUGGCAAAAACUUCACCCCAAGCAGCCCCUAGACUAUCAUUCCAUAGUUUUAGACAGGCCUCUCGAUCUUUCUGAACGUCUCAUAAUGGCUCCUCCAUCAUACUCUGAACUUGGAAAGAGGUCCCGCGAUGUUUUUGGUAGAGGCUACCAUUUUGGUCUCAUUAAAUUGGACGUUAAGACCAAAACCGCAGCUGGAGUCGAGUUCAACACUAGUGGGUCAUCGAAUCAAGAAUCUGGUAAGGUCAGUGGAUCUCUAGAGACCAAAUACAAGGUGAAGGAAUAUGGUAUGACCUUCACUGAAAGAUGGAAUACAGAUAACACUUUGACAACUGGAAUUGAAGUUAAAGAUCAGAUCGCCCAAGGCUUGAAGAUCGCUCUAGAAGGAAAUUUCUCCCCACAAACUGGAAGCAAAUCUGGCUCCCUAAAGACAGCUUUUCAAAACGAUUUUGUCGCUUUGAACACAGACACCGACUUGAAUGUAAAUGGCCCCAUUAUUCAAGCUUCUGCCGUCGUUGGACAUCAGGGCUGGUUGGCUGGAUACCAAACAGCCUUCGAUACAGCCAAAUCAAAAUUGACAAAGAAUAACUUUGCUUUAGGAUUUUCCACAGCCGAUUUCAUCCUUCACACAAAUGUUGAUCACAGUGACGAUGGACAAGAAUUUGGUGGUGCCAUCUACCAGAAGAUCAACAAUCGUCUUGAGACCGGUGUGAACCUUGCCUGGUCCGCAGGCAGCAAUAAUACCAAAUUUGGCAUCGGUGCCAAAUACGACCUCGACUUGGACGCCAGUCUUAGGGCUAAGAUCAACAACCAAAGCCAAAUCGGUCUUGGUUAUCAACAAAGAUUGCGGGAUGGAAUUACACUGACAUUGUCCACUUUAAUUGACGGUAAAAAUUUCAAUAAUGGAGGUCACAAGAUUGGUCUAGCCUUAGAGUUGGAAGCCUAAAUCUCCUGAUUCCAUUUAAGAUAAAAUUUCACCUAUAUUAAAAAAAAAAAACUGUUAGAAUUCACAAAACAGAUAUAUGAGCCUGCUGUAUAUUGUAGACAUAUUGUUCCGUUCAUCGAACAUAUUAGUAUUAAAGAAGAUGGUAUGGCAUGGAUUUUUUCCUUGGUUCUUUCAAUAAUCAUUGAAAAUUCUGGAUUAUUUGUGGCUUUGGACCUCUGUUUUUUUGUUAUUCAUUGGAUUCGGGGUCCGGAAUACAACUUUUUUUGGCAAAUUUUAUUACUUGUCUUCGAUAAGCUGCAAGUAGGUAUUGGUUGUACAUGUAUUUUUUUUUAAGUACAUUGAAAGAGAGGACGUCUUGAACACUGCAAUGUAUUGUACUAUAAGUGAAAAUAUAUGAUUUACUUUUA